GGCUAAUUCGCCCGGGCAGGCUCGGGGCGCUGCGUGAGCGGCUGCGGGGAUCGGGCGAAGCCGGCAGGUAAUCUGGGGCUCUCAUCAUGUUUGCCAAAGCAACAAGGAAUUUUCUUAAAGAAGUUGAUUCUGGAGGUGACCUGAUUCCAGUAUCAACCUUGAAUGACUCUGAUAAAUUACAGCUUCUAGGUCUGGUGACCAAAAAAAAGAGACUCUGGUGCUGGCAGAGACCCAAGUACCAGUUUUUAUCUGUCACCCUUGGAGAUGUGCUUACAGGAGACCAGUUUCAGAGUCCAGCGGUUGUGGAGUCGGACUUUGUGAAAUAUGAGGGCAAGUUUCAAAACCAGCUGAGUGGGUCCAUCGAGACGGCACUAGGGAAGGUCAAGCUGAGUAUUGGAGGCAAAGGCCUUGUGGAAAGGCAGUCUUCAUUUGGAACCCUGAGGAAGCAGGAGGUGGAUUUGCAGCAGCUCAUGAGAGAUUCCACUCACAGAGCAAUAAAUCUGGGAAAUCCUGUGCUGCAGCAGGUGCUGGAGAGGAAGAAUGAAGUCCUGUGCGUCCUGACACAGAAGAUAGUGACCACGCAGCAGUGUGUGAUCUGGGAGCACGUUCAGGUGGAGGAGCAGUGCGGCGGCGUGGUGGGGAUCCAAACAAAGGUGGUGCAGGUGUCAGCGAAGGAGGAUGGGAGUGUCAUCAAGGACACCAACGUGGUGCUGGAGAUCCCGGCUCCCACCACCAUAGCCUACAGCGUCAUCGAGUUGUACGUGAAACUGGAUGGCCAGUUUGAAUUCUGCCUCCUACAAGGGAAGCAUGGUGGCUUUGAGAUUCACAGAAGUGACUAUGUCUUCCUGGACCUUCCGUCCUUUGAAGAGUUUCCAUUUUGGGAAAUGCCAGAUUCUGGACCAGGACCAUCUGCCCUGGAUUGGCCGCUGAAUGUUUUAAAACAAGGGACUCUGCUCUUGGAGAGGGAUUUCCAUCUGUUUUUGGAGCUGCCAGAACAGCAACAGACAGCACUUAGUGACAUCCUCCAGGCGGUCCUGUUCGAUGAAGAAUUGCUUGUGGUCCUGGAACAAGUGUGUGAGGACAUAUUAAGUGGCCUGUCACUCCCAAUGGCAAUACUGGGGAAGCUGAAGCCCCCACAGCAGCAGGACCUCAUGGCUUUCCUGUGUCUGGUGGGGUACAGAAUGCAGGGCAAGUGUCCAGGCCCAGAGGAUGCAAUCAGCAACCAGGAGCUCUUUUCUACAGCCUACUUCUUGGUCAGUGCACUAGCAGAAAUGCCAGACAAUGCAGCGGUUCUGCUGGGUGCUUGCUGUAAACUCCAGAUUAUUCCUGCGCUGUGUCACUUGUUUCAUGGUCUCUCGGCUGAUGGAGUAUCUGAUCUUAAAAACCCAAUCUUGGCUCCUCUGAAGGAUAUAGAAAGGUUUGGCAUCGCACAGCGUUUGUUUGCCACAGUCAACGUGAACCUGGAGAGACUGCCGUCAUCCAUAAAAGUUGUCACCGAGGAGGACCCCAACACUGUCCCACGAAUUCUUUAUAUAAGCCUCCGUGGGCUCUGUGCUUUACGCAGAGCACAUUAAUAACAUGUGAAUUAGAAGUACAAGACCAUCAAAGUUAGGUAUUUUUCAGAAUUGUUAAGAUACUACUGAGUUUAGCUACCAAGAGGCCCAGUGUCUAAGGUAACUCCAGCACCCACAGGGUUGAGAACUCUAAGCUGUUGUUUAGUUAAAAUCCUUUUCUACAGCGAGAUAGGUCCAUCUAUCACUUCCUUUCAUAAACAAAGACAGCUGAGUCUAUAGAACAUGUGCUGAUUGAGGAAAUGAACUGUAAAUACCACUACAGUAUACAUAUUCCUCUGCUGAAUAAAAUUAAAAUCUCAUAGCAGGACACCCUUCCUUAGGGGUCUAGCUAUAUACAUUUCAUUUUUGUCAUGCUUUGACUAACAUACCAAUUCUAGGUCUAGAACAAUGCUGAUUUCCUAUGCAUUCUGGAUGUUUAAUUUGUAAAAUACUACAUAUUUUAAUUCUGUCUUGACAUUCUUCUAUAAAAAUGCAUGGAAUGUCUCUUUAGUGCCCUUGAUUCCAUUGCUAAUAUCCACUGGGGACCUGAAAUCCCUUCUUUCCCUUAGUAAAAAGUAGCUAGGACCUCCUGCCAGAGGUCUGACUUUAGGAGCAGGGAGGAUGAGAAGUCGCAGUUGUUGAAGAGAAACAUGUUACUCAGCAUGCAUAUAUAUAUAUAUAUAUAUAUAUAUAUAUAUAGACACACACAUAUACAUAUACAUAUAUAUAUAAAUAACCUUGUCAUCUACUCGAAUGUUAAAAUGGAAGAGAUGAAGCAAACAACGCUUUCAUUGCUUCAGUCAAAAAUGAGACUAAAUCUUAGGACGCAUGAGGAAAAAAAUUGCACAUUGUGUGGCAACAACAAAAAAAGCACCUUAAAGGAAUCUGCAGAAAUGGAAAUAGUUGCGCUACAGCUGUGGCACUAUACAUUGCCUUUCUGGCUUUCUGAAAUAAACUUUUAUAAACAACAAACUGAGGACAGAUUGUGUAAGAAGAAUCUACUUGUAUAAAAAAUAGAUACACAUGUACCACAGUGCAAUGGGAGCUUCCUUUAAGAGUCCACAAGAAGGGGCACCUGAGUGGCUCAGUCAGUUAAGCAUCUGACAUCGGCUCAGGUCAUGAUCUCCCGGUUCAUGAG